AUGGCUGAGCCUAGCCGUGGUGAAAACUCUGGCUCUAAAGAUGCGUCAGUGCCUCCUUCCGAGCCUCCAGCAGGUGAAGAUGCCAAGCCUGCUGAGCCUGCCGCAAAAGCCACGCCAAAUGCAGCUGGUCAGAAAAGGCCAGCGCCGGAUGGUGGUCCGGCCAAAGCUGCGAAGCGACAAAAGGUGGAAAUGACGGUCGGUGACAAAGGCGUUUUCUUCACCACCGUCAAUUCAGGCAGCGCUGUCAACGCGAAGCGCGAUCUUCAAAAAAUGCUUCACGACCUGCAGGAACCUGGGUCAACAGCAUCAAGGCCGGAGGAUGCUGCGCAAGCCUCCAAGCCCAAGUUUAUGCCGUGCACAGAGGCAGGCAAGGGGGCCGGAUUUCUCAAGCUGAUCCAGCCCGAUGCGGUGGUACCAUCCAAGGUAGUCAGCCAGAUGUUGGAAGCCCAAAGAGCAGACUUCCAGUCUACAGGCAUGGCCACUGCCUCAAGGCUGUUGUGUAGGGUUCUACCCCUUGACCAUACUUGUAAACCGUUUUUGGAGGAUUUCCGCAAGCUGGCCGAGGAGGUGCUGCCUCCUCAUCUCGGCCCUGAUGCUGCCGCAACAACUUGGGCCUUAGAGUUCAAAGCGCGAAAUACAAAUACACUAAAGAAAGAGGCCGUCCUGGAAGUGGUGGACGCCAUAGUUCCCAAGGGCAUGCGGAUCUGCAAAGAGGACAUGGCCUUGCAGUCAGCUGAUACGCUGUAG